AUAGAUAUGCCGAGGCCAGUACAUGAGCAGCCUGAACAUUGGAAGGCAGUUAAAUUCCCAGUUCCGAAGCUUGCAGAUUGUGGUUUUUCUGAGCCAAAUAAAAUACUGCAGAAGGAGUUUCAUACCUAUGCAAAGGAAGACAACUUCAAUGCCUUGUUUGGUCUCUUGUCCGAUAAACUGCAACAUGUUUCAUCAGAGGAACUGCUCAAUAUCAUUUUCAAACAUGUUGCUGCCUCUGGAAAUUCAGUGCUUCAUGUGGCAGCAAGCCAUGGAAGCGAAGGUGUGACACAGCUACUGUGUCAUCAAUUCCCCAUCCUAAUCACCAGGAAAAAUUUCCUGGGUGAUAAUGCGCUUCAUCUGGCUGCCAGGGCUGGACGGUUUGACACAAUUCAAAAUCUCGUCAAGCAUGUGAAAAUUCAUCAUAAAACACUUGAACUUGCUAGCUUGCUGAGGAUGGAGAAUAAUAAAGGAAACACCCCUUUGCAUGAUGCAGUCAUCAAGGGUUGCCAAGAGGUGGCCUGUUUCCUCGUUUAUGAAGACCUAGAUGUUUCCUACCACAAGAACAAGGAAGACAAGUCUCCCUUGUACUUGGCAGUAGAGAGUUGCGACGAGGAGAUGAUUGCUUCUUUUAUAGAAGAUAUGCCGGAAGGAAAUUUAGAAAAACUAGCGGACUGCAAGCCGGAUAUAAUGCUUCCCGAGGACAAAAAAGGGGGGAAUCUCCUUCAUCUUGCAGCAUCCAUGGGCUUCCUUUCUGGAGCAAGACUCCUGGUUAGUCAAUGUCCUGUUGCCGUAUCACAAAGAAACGAAGAAGGCAACUUACCCAUCCAUGUUGCAUGCCAGAAGGGCCAUCUUGAAGUUGUACGCGAACUACUUAUUUAUUGGUUCGAUCCAAUGGAUUUUCUCAACGAAAAAGGACAGAACAUUCUUCAUGUUGCAGCGAAGAGUGGACAAAUGAAAUUAGUGGAAGAAAUAUUGAGAAAUCGAGAACUGGAAGCACUUAUAAAUGAGAAGGAUUACGAUGGAAAUACACCUUUGCACUUGGCUGCAAUGUAUGGCCGUCCUGAGAUAAUGCAGGCACUAGUGAGUGACAAGCGGGUGGAUACAAGGAUUGUUAAUAAUGUAAAGUUGAAACCAUCUGGUGUUGUUGUGAAAUUAUUGCAAGGCGGACGCUUUAAAGCUCCAAAGUCAGGUCGAAUGAACAAGCUAAUCGAUACCAAGCAUGAGGAUGAUGCUGCGAGAGGUGCGUGGAACAAAUCCAUGGAAGCAGAAGUUCGCAAAAUGCGUGAGGUAUUAAAAGUUUUGGUGGAGGCAGAUGGUAUGACUGAGUUUGACAUCAAGCUUAUCUUUGAUUUACUAAGAACGACGUUAACGACGGAGGAACUGAACAAAGGGGCGGGGAAUCUUCUCGUGGUGGCAGUACUGGUAGCUGGAGUAACCUUCGCUGGUGCUAUCACUGUGCCUGGAUCAGGUUCUGAUAUUAACAGUGGUAGUUCAAAAAAUCUGAUGAGAGCAUAUAUUUUUUUUGACAUGCUAGCUAUGAAUUUCUCCCUCAUCGCCGCUAUAAUCCUUGGUCGGAUAUCAUUAGGUCGUGCCAGUUAUGUAACAUCUAGCAUGGAGAUAGCGACAUUUCUUAAUUUUUACUCCCUUCUCUGCUUGGGUUUAGCAUUUACAUUCAUCCUGACAAUCACGGUGCAAGAACGUAAUGGAUUUUUCACAACCAUCAUCACAUUCCAAGACUGUCUUUUUUUUACCCAAUUAGUUUGUUCCUAUAGAUUGAUGGUUUCAACUGCAAAUUCAAUAUUGUCUUUUGUGCAAGCAAAUCUCUUUAAAUUGAUGGCUCGAAUGAAAAGGAGGGAGGAUGUACGGACUUCUCUUCUGGGUACAGAAUAAGAUCAAAAGAUUUAUUGUUUUUUUAAUAUAUUUUUUUAGAAAAUCGAAAGACAAAUUUGUAUUCUGUGUA